AUGAAGACGUUUGUUGGUCCUGGAGCCGCUACCUGCUGUAGUCUGUUAUCAUUCUGUGGUAUUAUCUUUCUUGUUUUACUUGGCACGGCCUUCAAAGCGAAAGUAGAGGUCUUGACAGAAUUCACGUCAGACCCAGAUAAUCCCAACGCGACAGCUGAAGCUUGCUUUACUGCUGCUAUUGUCUAUGCUUGUUUCCUAGGUUUCUGUGGUUGUCAGGUAAAAUAA